AUGUGCAUUUCAAAAUUGUGCUUGACAGCGUGCGUUCAUAUUUUUGUGUGUUAAUUUUCAGUUCCCAAUUUUUUUUGGUUUGGUCAAUUAAAACAUAAGUGAAUCAAAAUGGUGAAAAAGAAAAUUGAUAACCGCAUACGCGUGAUGAUUGAGAAUGGUGUGAAGCUGGGCCAUCGCACCAUGUUCAUCGUCAUUGGCGAUAAAGCACGCGAUCAAGUGCCAAUUCUCUACGAUAUAUUGACCAAGUCGACGGUCAAGGCGCGUCCCACGGUGCUGUGGUGCUACAAGAACAAGGACGAAGCUAUUUCCAAUCACGGCAAGAAGCGUGCCAAGAAGAUUGCAACCGGCAAAGUCGAUGUCAAUGAGGCAGACAUGUUUGAUGCCUUUCGCGUGGCCACCACCAUCCAUGGUCGCUACUACUCCGACACACACACCAUUCUGGGACGCACCUAUGGCGUCUGUGUACUGCAGGACUUUGAGGCAUUGACUCCCAAUCUUCUUGCACGCACCGUGGAAACCGUCGAGGGUGGCGGCCUGAUUAUUCUGUUGCUGAAGUCGCUGCAGUCACUGAAGCAGCUCUACACCAUGAGCAUGGAUGUACACAAACGUUUCCGCACUGAGGCCCAUCAGACGGUCACCUGCCGCUUCAACGAGCGCUUGAUUCUCUCGCUGGCCGAUUGCAAGCGCUGUCUGGUGGUCAACGAUGACCUCACCGUGCUGCCCCUCAGCUCCAAGACCAUCAACGUGGACCCAGUGAAUCCCGGCAGCAUUGGAAAGUCGGAGAACGAGAGCAGCUUGAAGGAUCUAAAGGAGAGCCUGCUGAAUGUGCAGCCAGCUGGCGCACUGGUCAAUCUCUGCAAGACAUACGACCAGGGCAAUGCAGUGGCCCAGUUCAUCGAAGCUCUGGUGGACAAGCAGCUGAAGCCACCCAUGUCACUGACAGCAGCACGUGGACGCGGCAAAUCUGCCGCUUUGGGACUCUCCAUUGCCGCAGCUGUGGCAUUUGGCUAUGUCAAUGUGUACGUGACAUCGCCGCAUCCGGAGAACUUGAUUACGCUCUUUGAGUUCGUGUUGAAAGGCUUCGAUGCACUAGAGUAUCAGGAGCAUGCCGAUUACACCAUCAUACGCAGCACCAAUGAGGACUACAAGAAGGCCAUCAUACGCAUCAAUAUAACGCGUAACAGUCGCCAGACUAUACAGUAUAUUGCACCCAAUGACACACAUCUGUUGAGUGCCGCCGAUCUGCUGUUGAUCGAUGAGGCGGCUGCCAUUCCGCUGCCGCUUGUUAAGAAAAUGAUGGGUCCAUAUUUGAUCUUCAUGGCUAGUACAAUCAAUGGCUACGAGGGCACUGGACGUUCGCUCAGCUUGAAGCUCAUUUCGCAGCUGCAAAAGGAGAACAAUGCACGACCGCCGCUCAAGCUGGAUGAAUCGAUACGUUAUCAGUCCAACGAUGACAUCGAGCGUUGGCUGAUCAAUUUGCUCUGCCUGGAUGCGAGCAGUGUGCCGGCCAUUAGCUCCGGUUGUCCGACUCCAGCUGCCUGUGAUCUGUAUUACAUUGAUCGCGAUGCCUUGUUCUCGUAUCACAAGGCAACUGAAGCGUUCCUGCAGCGCCUGGUCUCGAUUUAUGUGUCUUCGCACUACAAGAACACACCCAACGAUCUGCAGAUGAUGAGCGACGCCCCCGCCCAUCAUUUGUUCUGUCUGCUUGGACCGAUAGAGCGCAAGGAUGCUCUGCCCGAGAUCCUUGUUGUUGUCCAGGUCGCACUCGAGGGUCAAAUCUCCUCACAGAGCAUUAGCGAGUCAAUGGGACGCGGCAAGAAGGCUGCCGGCGAUCUGAUACCCUGGAAUGUGGCCGAACAGUUUGGCGAUCGUGACUUCCCCAAGUUGUCCGGUGUGCGAAUCGUGCGCGUCGCCACCAACCCCAGUUACCAACGCAUGGGCUACGGCAAGCGUGCUAUUCAACAGCUCAAGGAAUACUAUGAACGUCGCCAUGUCGAUCUGUCGAUAGAAGACGAUACGCGCAACAAAGCUGGCAUUGAGGAAGUGGAGGAGGAGGAGCUCAGUCUGCUCAAGGAACAGAUUCGUCCUCGCGCACAGAUUCCCACACUGCUGCAACGUCUGAAGGAGCGUUCGCCGGAACCCGUUGACUACAUUGGUACCUCCUUUGGCCUGACCGGCGAGCUGCUCAAGUUCUGGAAGAACUGUGGCUUUGUCCCCGUCUAUCUCAGCCAGAAGUCGAAUGAGCUGACCGCCGAGCACAGCUGCAUCAUGCUGCACACAUUGGAGACAAGCGCCACCGUUGACUGGUUGCCGUCCUACUAUAAAGACUUUCGACGUCGCGUCCUCCGUUUGAUGGGCAAAACAUUCAGAGAGUUCGACACCAAAGUCUGUCUGUCGUUGCUCAGUAACUCGCCGGUGACGAUUCCUGACUGCCCUCAGCUGGACAAGCACAUGCUGGACGUGUACUUCCUGCCACACGAUCUGCAACGCCUCGAGAGCUAUGCUCGCCAACAGUCCGAAUUCCGUCUGAUUAUCGAUCUGCUGACAGACAUUGCCCAGCUGUAUUUCCAGGGCUCAAUACAGACACUGAAGCUCGACAAUGUGCAGAAGAAUAUUCUAAUGGGAUUGGCCAUUCAGGGCAAGUCGGUGGAUGCCUUGGGCGCGGAGAUCAAUAUGCCGGGCAAACAGGUGCUGGCAAAAUUCUAUGAAGGCAUGAGAAAGUGCUAUGAUUGCAUCCGCAAUGUCAUUGAGGAACACAUCGAAGGUGGCAUGCUGCAGGAGGCGGAAUUGCCGCGUGGCGAACAGCUGCAACCGAUGUCGCUGUCCAUUGACCAAGAGCUCGAAAGCUCCGCUCAAAAGAUAACCAAGAAGCAAAAGAAGGAGCUGAAACGUCUGCUGGACGAGCAGAAUGGCGAUACGACGGACGAGAUCAAGGUUAGCAAACAGGCUAAAUUAUCGAAAACGCCGCGCAAGGAGAAAAAGGAGGACAACAAAAAAAUCCAGGUUAGCGAGCAUAUGAAGGUGGCAAUGGCGAGAUUAGGAAUCACCGUCGAGGAUUUAUAUACUAAGAGCAACCGUUUGUGAUGCCUAGCAAGAUAGAACAUCCAAUAUAUAGAAAUCAGAAGGAUUAUGAGAAAAAGCUUCAAUUACGAAUAGCCUUUGCAUACAGAGAACGACUUUUGAAUAAAUCAAAAGAAUAUAAGGAAAAACAAAUAAUUAUGAAUAAGGAUUAGCGCAAGAUUAACAAGAAUCAACACACA